UGCCUGAUUUCCUUUCUCUUCUCCGUGCCAGAUUAUCCUCUUGCUGAAGAGCUGGGCUCGCCCUGGAUUUUAGGCUAUCCUUGAGAAGCAAAAGGACACUCCCGGAGGAGCCAGGGUUUGGGGAGAGAGGCCGCGGCGCUGCUCCAGGCGAGAUUCCGUGGCCACGGCUUUACAGAAACGGAUGAAUCAUUCCAGCUCCUCGGGACACCACCGGCAGCGGAGAAUGGCUGCAUCCGACGACGUCCCCGUUCCGGGAGAGCCUGGAAUCCCGACGAACAGCGCCCAGCUUCUCAAUUGACGCGGCCCCGGAAAACUUCCUCCCGUCCCAUCCUACCACCAGGGUCCCUCCCCAGUAGGGGGGUCGCUUUGGAAAGGACCCGGCGCCUUCCGGAUCGUCUUGCUGAGCGCCUGCUCCACCUGCAGAGAAGAAGGCAUCUCAUGGCAACCCGCCGAGGAGCUCGGAGACCGGCGCGCAGCUGAACCAGGGGAAGGCGCAGGAGAGAGGAAAGGCGGCGACGAGGGGAGACCCGGGGCUGCUUGGCACGCUGGCUACAGGUCUGCCGCCGCAGGAAUGGCCAACGCCUCCGGACCUUGUCGCUAGCGCGAUGAAGCGCCGCUGCAGUCGGCGCCUCUAGAUCUGCUGGUUUCCCUGAGCUGGCGUCGCUACUGAAGGGGCGAUCUUGCGCCGCUCGCUCCUCUGGCCGGCCCGUUGCUUUCCCCUCCCCCCCUCCCUGUAGUUAUCAAGCAUCGGCUGCAGAAUCCCUCCCCAGGUCGGAGCUGGCCACACAGACUCUCAAUCGACUCUCCCCUUGAAGUCUGCAAGAGUGGAAGUUGCCUUUUCAAGCAUGGGCACCGCGAUCAAAGGCGGGGGCUAGCUCCCUUUCCCGAAGCCGCAAAUGUCCGAGUGGAUUGGAAAUAUUUUGGGAAAUAAGUUUCCAGAGGCAAUUCCAGGAGUUAAGCUGGCGUUGGAGCAAGCCAGUGACAGCGAGAGAGCACGCCGCCAAACAAAGACGGGGAUUUGUUUGCUUCAGGAUGGUAACCAGGAACCUUUCAAAGUGCGGCUGCACUUAGCUAAAGAUAUUUUGACAAUUCAAGAACAAGACGUGAUCUGUGUGUCUGGUGAACCUUUCUAUUCCAGUGAAAGAACUGUAACAAUCAGACGACAAACUAUAGGAGGAUUUGGAUUAAGUAUAAAGGGAGGAGCAGAGCAUAACAUUCCAGUGGUGGUCUCCAAAAUUUCCAAAGAGCAAAGAGCGGAACUCUCAGGCUUGCUGUUCAUAGGAGAUGCAAUUCUGCAGAUAAAUGGAAUUAAUGUAAGAAAAUGCAGACAUGAAGAAGUGGUUCAAGUUCUUCGGAAUGCUGGAGAAGAGGUGACCUUAACUGUCUCCUUUCUCAAAAGAGCUCCUGGUUUUCUAAAACUGCCCCUCAAUGAGGACUGUGCAUGUAUUCCUAGCGAUCAAAGUAGUGGCACAUCAUCACCCUUGUGUGACAGUGGGUUGCAUCUUAACUACCAUCCCAACAAUACGGACACACUUUCAUGUUCAUCGUGGCCUACAUCUCCAGGACUUAGAUGGGAGAAAAGAUGGUGUGACCUCCGAUUAAUACCACUCCUUCACUCUCGAUUUUCCCAGUAUCUCCCAGGGUCAGAUAUGUGCAGGCAAAAUGCAUUCCAAGUAAUAGCAGUGGAUGGUGUUUGCAGUGGCAUAAUUCAGUGUCUUUCUGCUGAAGAUUGUAUUGACUGGCUACAAGCAAUAGCAACAAAUAUUUCCAACCUCACAAAGCACAAUAUUAAAAAAAUCAACAGGAAUUUUCCCGUAAACCAGCAGAUAGUGUACAUGGGCUGGACAGAAGAACGGGAGCAAGACUCUCUUCAGGACCGAAUGUAUACACCAAAGUUUCUAGCACUGAGGGGUUCUUCACUUUAUAAAUUUAUAGCACCUCCAGUUACUACGUGGGACUGGACGCGAGCUGAAAGAACAUUUUCUGUAUAUGAGAUUAUGUACAAAAUAUUCAAGGACAGUGAUCUGCUGGACCGACGGAAACAUUGCUUUGGUGUCCAAUCUGAAAAUGGAGAGGAUCUCUACUUUUCUGUGGAAUUAGAAUGUGAUCUCACAUUAUGGGAAAAGGCCUUCCAAUCAGCAACUUUUUUAGAAGUUGAGCGAAUACAGUGCAAGACAUAUGCCUGUGUGCUGGAGAGUCGUCUUAUGGGGCUUACUAUUGACUUUGGAAUGGGCUUUGUAUGCUUUGAUGCUGCAACAAAGGCUGUACUAUGGAGAUACAAGUUUUCACAGCUUAAAGGUUCUUCAGAUGAUGGCAAGAGCAAAAUCAAAUUUUUGUUCCAAAAUCCAGAUACUAAGCAAAUUGAAGCAAAGGAGCUGGAAUUCUCCAACCUGUUUGCAGUCCUGCAUUGUAUCCAUUCAUUCUUUGCUGCCAAAGUGGCAUGUUUGGAUCCACUUUAUGUUGGCAGUCAAGCCACAGCACCUGCUGCUGCUACUGCUGCUGUUGCUACAUCUUCUGGCACUAACAAACUGAAGUAUACAACUUGAUAUUUCCCAUUUCUGCACUUGCCACUUCCAGGAAUAUAUAAUACUAUGUAUAAAUAUUCAUCGGACUAGCCCUUUGAAGAACAGCAAGCCUGAGAUCCAUCUCAACAGUGGCAAUUUUCAGCAGUGUGUGGUCACCUGGGAUCGUCAACUGAACCCUAAUUUUGCAAGGCACCAGUACACAAUUCAAGAGGAAAUACCUGAAUGGACAAAUAUGUUUUUAAUGUAAUUUGAUUGUGCUUUGAAUGAUACUGGAAAAAGAAGGAACAAAAAAAAUGACCCAACACUGCACUUAAGUAUUUAGUACAAUUUUCAAGUCUCCAUAGUAGUACACAGAGAUCUAUCAUUUUCUUGUUUCCCAGUGUUUUUAUAUGACAACAUAGCUCUGGGUCAGAACUAAUGUCCUCUUGUUAGGCUAUAAGUGACAAUGUUGGAAGCAAAGGCUCAACGAAGAAGUGAACUGAAAAGAUUCUCCCAUAUUUACUUUGCAAAGAAAGCACCUUAAAUACUGUUGCAAAUUGAUAUCUGUAUCCUUUUUACAUCAUUCCUUAUUUUGCUUUGUUUUCUAUAGUUAUAAUAAUAAUUAUAAAAGUAUAGCCAUAAAUUAAUACAACAGAUUUUCUAAGGAUAUAUAAAUAUAGUUAAGCCAUCUGUUAUCAAAGUCUAAAAUACUUAAGCCACUGCAGUGUUUUAGCCUGGUUCUCACAAAUAUCAGAACAAGUGGUAAUUUUAAGAGAGGACUGAGUUUACUUCAGAUGACAGUUGGGGCUCACAAGAUGUCAUGCAAAUUAGAAAAUGAGAUGUUGUGGAGAAUAAUUAUAGUUUAGCUUUCUCCUCAGCAUGUUAGUUUUCUGUGUGUAUAAGUCUGUGUGUAUGUGACAAAUUUCUAACAGGUGAGCUACCACCUGCAAACUAAAGUGGUAAAGUAUGGGCACACUUACACCAUUAUAUCUGCUACUUGUGAGUUUGGAAUUGUUCUGUUGAGAUAGUGGAAUGGUGCAGAAUUAGUAACUUGAGGAUCAUGGCCUUAAACUGAAAAAAUAUUUCUAGAUAUGUUUUUGUUUUUGAAAAUCUGUACGGUCAGUGUAAUUUCAUUAUUGAUGAAUUACAAGCCAGUGUGAAACUUGUUCAAUUAUUCCUUUUGUUGGUUAUUUUUAUACAGAAGUGUCUUAAUUUACCAGGCUGUUUCCAAAUCCCAAAUAUUAUAUUUCAUUACUGGCACAGUAAAGGUUGCACAAGGCUUCACUUUUAAAUUUGAUUUCUCCAACUGGAAUGUAACUCAUUUUUUUUCAGUGAUUUAAUUCAAAGCUGCUAAAAAUGAUCUUACAAAAAUAAAGAUUUAUUUCAUU